AUGAACAGAUAUAAGCCAAAGCGUAUGAGACCCAUAAAUGCUUGUGUUUCUUGUAGAACCAGAAAGAUAAAAUGUGACAAGGGCCAGCCGUGCUCCAAGUGUUCCAAGUACGGUGGCGAAUGUGUAUAUCAGCCAUUUGACUUCUUACCAAGAGAAGCUAAUGAGCAGGUUUCUGUUGGCGAAGACUUAAGCUUAUUGGAUAGUCAGGAGGUAGAAAAACAGAUAGCUGAAGCUCAAAUGAAUAUAGCCAAUCUAGAAAAAGAGCUAACUUCCGCAAAAUCUUUGGUUGCUAGGUCUUUGGAGAGGGAAAUAAGCUCAACUGGCUCCACACCGUCAUCUCCUUUCUCAUCUACCUCGUCUUCAAGCACCACAAAUAUAUCUUCAGCUGAUAAAACUCCUACGGCAUACUUGGCUAUUCCUCUUCAGCAGCGUCAGAUUAUAGGGCUCGACGACCCUGUCCCAUUCGAAUUUUCAGAAGCAGAGAGAAAACUAGAAGUCAAUAUCUUUGAUCUUUAUAAUCCUGUUAAAACUGAUGGGGUUAUACGAAAACAAUCACCUCCCCUAUCAUGGAUGUCGUUCAUCAAUUGUGAUCGAUUUCUCAAUGCCAUGCAACAAGCGGUGUAUAAAGACUUAUCAUUGGACUCGAAAUUGAACUUUUUAAACCUGAUAGCUGAUGCUGGAUGUUCCGAGGCUACAGAAAGAUUAUUCACUAUGAAAUAUCAUGAUGAUGAAGACCUCGAUGAUUUCAAACCCAUUGAUGAGGCUGACCUUAACCCCAGUCUACUACCAUUGGGAUUAGAAACGUUGAAUUCUAAUGUGUUCCCAAUGGGGGACUAUGUGCAACCUGAAUUUCAGUUACUGAAACAAAUUUGCCAGUUUCUUCCUGAUCGUAGGAUCAUAGACAUGUUGGUGGACCGAUUUUUCAUUUACUUGUACCCAUUUAUACAUGUUCUUGAUCAACAUGAUUUCUUGAAUCAAGUUGACCGGAUUUUAAAGGAUUUGGACAGGGGCCAGGUGGUGAUUAAAGAUAAAUUUGAUCUCACCCAAAUAGGAAUUCUAUUGAUAAUGUUGAGGCUAAGCUACGUGUCUUUGUAUACAUGUAACAAGAGUUUGAAUGAAUCAAAUUUGAUGCAGAAUCUUAAAUUUGAAGAAGAAGAUGAAGACAAUGUUCGGUUUUUGCUCAAACAUCCAAUUGAUUUGAAAGCAGUUGAUUUAUCUCAACAAUGUUUGAAUAAGGUGGGGUUAUUUUCCACACUUACGCUAAGCAAUCUUCAAUUAGCCUUAAUGAUACGAUCCUACCAAAAAUAUGGGCCCGAGUAUAUUUUAGGUUCAGGAGAGAAUGAACCUUACUCGUUUGACGUUAUCAUUUCCAUAUUGGCACAAAAACUCGAGGUGUUCCAUGAACUUGGCCCAAAGCUUUCAGAAAGGGAGAGGAACUUGAGACGGAAAAUCGGAGCAUAUCUUAUAUCUCUAUCUCUCUUAAAUUUUGGAGCUUUAAAUUGUGUCAAAAACUUUAAAAUGGCUAUUUGCAAUAUCCAAAUUCCUGAGUAUACUAAAGAAAACUCCAACAAUUUCAACGAAAAUACAGAGAGAAUAACACUUCAAAUAUUGUCAAGUAUUUUAUCCCCCGGGCAAUUGUAUUCUGACACACAACUGUUAUUUGAAAACUACUCUUCUCCUAAUUUUGAGAAGGCUAGUCAGGGCCUCAUCGAUUCGUAUGAGAAAACAUUUACGCCACUCCUCAUCAGAAGGGCUCAUGACAAAUACACUAUUUGUAUUAUCAAUACGUUAACUAUAAGGUCUAGGCUUAUGCGAUGUUUCGUGAAACUUUCAAUCAAAUUUCACUUGUAUAACAGCUUAGAAGAUCGGACUUUAACCCAUAAGCUUCUUGACGAUAUGCUUCAAAUAAUUUUCAAAGAAAUGCUUGUGCUAUGCAAAGCAAUUUUUUCCAAAGAAGGAUGCUUUGCAAACACCAUAGACCUAAUAUUCAUUCCUUCAUUGAUACAUUUAAUCCACCGUGUGCUUUUAAUCAUCACUGGUAUGAUGAUCAGACUAAAUUUGAUUUUGAACAAGUUCAAGCGACAACUGAUUAAUAACCAUUACACCCACAAUUGUGAACAUUUGCUAGGAUUAUUCAACAAAACCAAUGCCGUGUUUUUCAAAUUUCUUCUUAACUUAAGUAACCGGUACUAUUAUGGGUGGAGAGUGUUCAAGACACAGAACUACUUUAUUCGCUGCAUAAACUUGCUCGAACUUCGAUCAAUUUUCAAAGAUGUGGACAUUUCAGAGAAUUUCAAGUUUACCAACAACUGGGUAUUGCAAAUCAGUGAAUUAAUCACCCAUCAGUUGAACGAUGAUCAAUCACCCUCUAUUAGCUCAUAG